AUGGCAGGAACUGUACUGGAAAACCUCAGCUCUAGGAAGCUCUUCGCCCUCGGCGGGGUCCUACUGGUUGUGCAGAUCGUGUUUUUCAUGAUCGGCGGACUUAUAGCUCCUAGCCCAACUAGUCCUAUCCGGUACAUUGCCUCCAAAUGUGUGGAUCGCGGACACCACAAGUCAAAAUGGUUCGUCCCGUGGGGACCAAAGGACCAGGUGUGUGAGAAGGUUGCAGAUUUUGACGAGGCAACAGCGAAGCAGGUUUCUGCGAACGACAUCGUGUUCGCCGCCCACAUCCCGCUGCCGAACCGCGAGAUGGUGCGCUGGUUCCAGUUCCUCCUCAUGAUCAUGGAGCUCGACGUCGCCUUCAAACUGCACAACCCCGUAGCUGAAAAUGCGGUGGUUACCAUGGAAGCUGGCCUGGCGUAUCGUGAUGACAAGUUUGCAGAGUGGACGCCCAUCGCCAGGUCUACUGAGGAGAGGAAACUGGUCUGUAACUUCAGCCACACAAAGACGGCAGAUAACGAGGGCCGUUACUACGACUGUGACAUGAUUCCACUGUUUGAGCUCGGGAGCUGUUAUCACAAGUACUACCUCAUCAACGUGAGACUUCCGGUCAGAGAGAAGCAGAACAUCAACCUCAACAUCGGAGAUAUCAAGGAUGUCAACCUCAUAGGGAUUCACCAGAACGGAGGUUUCACGAAAGUGUGGCUGUCCGUCAAGACGACUCUUACCCCAACCAUCAUCAUCAUCCUAGUCUGGUACUGGAGAAGAGUUACUCAGCUCAACCGCAAACCUGUCCUGCUGGAGAAAACCAUCUUUGCACUGGGGUUGUCCAUGGCUUUCAUUAACUUACCCCUUGAGCUGAUCACCAUUGCAGUGGAUGUUCCGUGGAUGCUGUUGCUAAGUGAUAUACGACAGGGCAUCUUCUACUGCAUGCUGCUGUCCUUCUGGAUCAUCUUCACUGGGGAGCAUCUUAUGGACCAGUCAGAGAGGAACCGCCUGUCCGUGUACUGGCGCCAGGUGGGAGCCAUCACCUUCGGCUGCCUCUGUAUGUUCAUCUUCGACAUGUGUGAGAGGGGUGUGCAGCUGACGAACCCGUUCUACAGCAUCUGGGUGACGGAGACGGGGAAGAACUUGGCCUUGGCCUUCAUCAUCCUGGCGGGCGUCUGUGCCAGCGUCUACUUCUUCUUCCUGUGCUUCAUGGUGUUCAAAGUCUUCCGUAACAUCAGCGGCAAACGGGCUUCCCUCCCCACCAUGUCUGACGCCAGGCGUCUGCACUAUGAGGGUCUGAUCUACCGGUUCAAGUUCCUGAUGCUGUUCACUCUCCUGUGUGCUGCCACGACUGUCAUCUUCUUCAUCAUCAGCCAGGUUAACGAGGGCCACUGGAAGUGGGGGGAGGAGCACACGGUGGAGAUCAACAGCGCGUUCCUGACAGGCGUGUACGGGAUGUGGAACGUCUACGUGUUCAGUGUGAUCUGUCUGUACGCACCGAGCCACAAGAGGAAAGGUCUGGAGGGGCAGCAGUCCUCCAACAUACAACUGGAGCGUGAGACUUCGGAGGACGGGAGUAAUGAGGAGAUCGAGUUACGCCUGACAAACAGCCAGGCCAGCGGCGAUGCUGGAGAGCUGUCCGUCAUCUACAAGAUCGCUGGCAAGGAGGCUCAAGAGUAGCCAAUAGGAGGGGGCUAGAGAUAGAGGUGGCCAAUCAGGGGAGCCGGUCUGGGGAGACUAAAUAAAGAUUGGCCUGUCAGAUUAAAAGCAGGCUGUUUGAAAAAGGAAAUGAAAUAUUUAAAAUGAAACAUCCUAGGAUCCUGAUAUUCAAUACUAACAAGUCUGUAGGCAUUUCUCCAAAAUCAUGUUGAUACAAAUUGUACAAAAUACCAUAAAAAUCAUUGUAGCUCUUGACCCAUAACUGUUUUUAUGCCAUAUGAAAUGUUGCCAUAGUUAAGAUGGGAACUUUCCCAAUUUAAAAACUAGUAAUUAGAAGGAACUUGGUGCCAGUGGGACCAUAUGAGUAGGUUAUAUUACAUUAUAAGACUAUUUUAGGUGGCCAUAUCGUACAUUAAGAUUUAAUGUGUAUAUAGUUCAUUUGUUGCAAUGUGAGAAACUAGAUUUCAUUAUACACACUUAAACUAUUAUGACCAGUUACCUUACACCCCUAAACCACUGCAGAAUUUAUUAGAAAGAGGUUAGAACACUUUGCAUUGAGGGGAGGGCGGGGGGUUGGUGUGUUGGGGGAAUAAUACAUGUAGUAUAGAAAAGUUGGAAAAUGAACUAAUGUGUAUUUUUGGAUGAGGCUCUGGCUGUCACAGUUACUAAGAUAUCAUGGAGAAAUUAACUUCUCAAUUUAGCAAGAGGUGUAACACUUGAGACAGAUCAACCAUUCUGAUAUCCAUAAAAAACAGGUUAUGUUGGACAUUUUUUCAUUCCAUGUGUUUCCACCUUGCUGACAAAGAUUUAUUAUUUAUGCAUACAUGAACUAACCUAGUGUUGUAUAUGGCUGUAGUUUGUUUUUACUUUGUGGGACAUAUGUUUUGCUAUUACAUGUAUAUUAAAACUCAUAAAGACUUAGUACACUUGUGGUCCAAGUCACUUUAUUUUUAAAGUUACAUAUUUGUGUAAGAUGGUAGACAAAAGACAAUAAUCUUACCCUAGACUUUCUCUGAUCAUGUUUGUGGAGCAGGUUAGAAAAAAAUAUUAAAUGUCUGACGAAAGAUA